AUGCUUGAGAAAAUGAAAAUGGAAAAGGAGAAGACCGAGGAAAUGUUGAAGGUGAAAGAUAAGAUGCUGAAGAUGAAGGAGGAGGAGCUUGAUGGGAAGGAAAAAGCGCAGGAGAAGCUUCAUAAGGAGUUGAAGAAAUUGCACAAAAUGAAGGAGUUCAAGCCCAACAUGAGGAUUGCUCUUGCCUUUAGAGCUUGGAAUUGUCAUGUAAUUGAAUCUGUCUUCACUGGUUCUUUCAGGGUUUUCAAAGGUUUAAUUCUGAAAAUUUUUCUUCAGGUUUUUCCUAUUAUAAAGAAGGAUCAAGACAAGAAGGACAGGAAGAAGGGCGGAUGUCCCGAAAAGAAAAGACCAUCUCCACCCUACAUUCUCUGGUGCAAAGAUCAGUGGAAUGAGGUGAAGAAAGAGAACCCAGAGGCGGAUUUCAAGGAGAUCUCAAACAUUUUGGGUGCAAAAUGGAAGAAUGUUCGUGCUGAGGAGAAGAAGUCUUAUGAGGAAAAAUAUCAGGCUGACAAGGAUGCCUAUCUGCAGGCAAUGGCCAAGGAUAAUAGUGAAAGUGAAGCAAUGAAGCUUUUAGAAGAUGAUCACAAACAGAAAACAGCUAUGGAGCUGCUUGAUCAAUAUCUUCUGUUCAAACAUGAUGCAGAAAAGGAGAACAAGAAGACAAAGAAAGAGAAGAAUCCAAUGAAACCAAAGCAACCCAUGACAGCAUUUUUCCUCUUUGCAAAUGAGAGGAGGGCAAUUCUUCUAGCUGAGCCCAAGAAUAUUUUGGAGGUGGCUAAGAUAUCUGGUGAAGAAUGGAAGAACAUGACCGAAAAAGAAAAAGAGCCUUAUGAAGAAUUGGCAAAGAAGAACAAGGAGAAAUAUGCUCAAGAAAUGGAGGCAUACAAACGAAUGAAGGAUGAAGAAGUUAACAAUCUCAAAAAGGAGGAGGAGGAGCUGAUGAAACUUCAUAAACAUGAAGCCUUGCAACUGCUAAAGAAGAAAGAGAAGACUGAAAACAUAAUCAAGAAAACUAAAGAGAAGCGUCAAAAGAAGAAGCUGAACACUGAUCCUAACAAGCCUGCUUCCUCAUUCCUUUUGUUCAGCAAAGAAGCAAGGCAAGCUUUGUUGCAGCAGCGGGCUGGGACUAACUGCUCUACCCUUAGUGCUCUGAUGCCAGUGAAAUGGAAGGUAAAAUUCUAUAUUUGGGUUCCUAUAUAAAGAUCGUCAUGUUGAGAAAGUAUACUGAUGUUGACAUAUUUCUGGGUAACCGGAACUCAACGAGGAAGAAAAGCAACAGUGGAAUGCCAAGACAGCUGAAGCAAAGCUGGAUUUAAAUCGAGUUUAUUUGAUUUAAGUUUAAA